AAAAAAAUCUCAAAAGCCGGCUGCCGCCAAAACAAAACACAAACACAGCGUGGCCCUAACUGUGCAACGCAAAAUUCGCCUUAAAAAACAUCACACCAAAUCCAGCCAUGUCCGAGGGUGAGGCAGCGCGCCCGAAACCUCGCGUCGACAUCGAGUAUUGCAAUGUGUGCAAUUCGAAACCGCAGUGCCUGGAGCUGGCCGCCCUGAUACGGGAGCAGAUCCCGGAGGCGGAGGUGGUCUGCCGCACCGGACGGCGCGGCUCGUUCGAGGUGCAGAUCAACGACACGCUCGUCCACUCCAAGCUGGGCUCGCUCGCUUUCCCGCGCUACGAGGAGGUGGUGCAGAAUGUGCGCAAAGCCCGGGACGGCCUUCCCGUGGCCAGGGUGGCGGAGCAACCGAUCACGGACUGUGUGCUGCAGUAGUGCUGGGCUGGGGCGAGCAAAGAGAGCCAGAGAGAUGUGCGGUGGUGUUUCUUCUAGUCCGUUUUUUUUUAUUGCUAAAGUAUCCAGGUGCGUUGUUUGUGGGUAAACCGCAAUGUUUAAUGCUCAGUGUGCGUUUAAUGCGUGUGUGUUUAGCAAAACAAAAAGGAAAAAAAGGUUUUGACCAUCAAUUCCCCCGAAA